AAUUAAAGUGAGCCAAGGGAGAGCAGCCAGGAAGAUGGCGACGAACGAAUCAGUUGCGAAAGACUGCUCCAGUAAUACAAGCAAACAACAACCCGCUCGAUGUCGCAAGAACGAGUGGGUGAAAUUAAAUGUUGGUGGAACAAUAUUUAUGACCACUCGAACGACAUUAUGUCGCGAUCAGAAGUCAUUCUUGUACCGGUUAAUACAGGACGAGCCGGAUUUGAACUCGGAUAAGGAUGAUAUUGGAGCAUUCCUAAUUGAUCGAGACCCAACUUACUUUGGUCCAAUUCUAAAUUACUUACGACAUGGGAAAUUAGUUAUAAAUAAAGAUUUAGCAGAAGAAGGUGUCUUGGAAGAAGCGGAAUUCUAUAACAUCACUCCAUUAAUAAAACUUGUUAAGGAAAAAAUCACAGAGAGGAAUGCCAAACAAGACCAGACUCACAUGAAGAAUGUCUAUCGAGUACUUCAGUGUUCAGAGGAAGAAUUAACACAGAUGGUAUCAACUAUGUCAGAUGGCUGGAAAUUUGAACAGUUAAUAAACAUUGGUUCACAGUACACAUAUGGAACUGAAGACCAUGUAGAAUUUCUAUGUGUGGUUUCCAAAGAAUGCCCUAACAUUGUCAAUGGACAAGAAAAUGAACCUACUGAUAGAGCAAAGGUGUUACAACAGAAAGGAUCUCGGAUGUGAAUAAGAACCCUAACUUAUACUGCUUAUUGUGUGCCCUACUGCAGGGAAUAAUCCCUAAACACUGCUGUGGUCUAAGGAACAUUUUCUGUCUUUCUCAAAUGAAAGUGUGUUUAUAUUAUUCAUUUUUUUUUAAACUGAAGGAAGAGAGAUUUCAUUCUUUCUCUUUCAUAAAAGAAAAUGUGAAUUGUAACAGCAAAAAGAGAAAACAAAGUAAGAAAGAAAGAAGGAAACUAGAAAAAAGACAAGACAGAGAAAAGAAAGAAUGCAAAAUGAUUCACAAAGACCCCUUCAUUACAGUUUCCUCCAAUCUAAAAUUGGAAUAAAGGAAACCUUUAAGGAAGCAUUGGUUUCCAAUAAUUGUUUUUUUUUUUAUUGUUGUACACAUUUCCUACCCUCCCCAUUCUCCUUCCCACCACUUUAAUCACCACUGUAAAAAGCAGCAGUAAUAAAACAAUCCCCUGUCUUACACAAUAGGGUUGUGCCUCUUGAACCCCUUCCUUUUUCCACCUCCCACAUCAGUUUGGUCAGUCUGUCUUUUAACUCGUCAGGCUACUCUUGGAUCAUCACAUAUCAACAUUUCAAAAUCUGUGCUUAGUUGCGUGUGCAUGUGUGUGUGUGCAUGCAUAUCUCUGUUUAAAUGUAGGAACUAUGCUGUCAACCACUUACCAUGGGUUUCAUACAGCUUCAUGUUGUAAUCUUCACUGAUUCAGUAAAAUUCAGUGCAAGCUGAAAAAAUGAAUGAAUAAAUGAAUGGCAGCUCAUGUGAACAUGUUUACCAUUUCACACCAAACAGUAAACAUGAGCUGACAUUAUUAUUCAUUCAUUUAUCACUAUUGUAUGGACAUCUCAGUUCUCACACAUAUACUUGCUUACAGCCAUGCACACACACACACACACAUUUUAACUAGUUAUACAUACACACCUAUUUUAAUUAACUAUAUACACACCACACACAUAUACACAUAUAUUACACAUGAGUCAUAUUAGACCAUCAAAAUUCAUGCUUUGUAAGUUUGUCUGAAGAGAAAUAUGUAAGUUGCAUUUUCUCAUUUCAAUAGAUAUGUAUAAAUACAAGAAACACAGCUAUUUUUUCUUCUCUUUAUUUUGACUUUAUUUAAAUAUUUUAUUUUUUUAUUUUAAUUUUUAUUUCUCCUAUAUCCAUUUUCUUUUCUAUUUUGUUAACCAAAUUUUUACAAACCAUUCUUAAACAAAAAAAAACCUGAACUCAUCUGAAAGUUCUAAAUUUAAUUGAACUCUUAAAUUCUCUGUGGACCCUAAUGAAAAUGGGGAAAAAAAAGGAAAAAAAUAGGGUAAAAAACACUAAAACAAAGCAACUGGCUUCAGGAACCAGUUUUGAAACCUGCUGACUAAAAACCUGUAAAUGAAGUAGUUAAAUUCUUUAUGUGUCACUUUAA